AUGUUUGAUGAUCAAGACCUUGGCUUCUUUGCCAAUUUUCUUGGCAUCUUCAUUUUUGUACUGGUAAUAGCAUAUCAUUAUGUGAUGGCUGAUCCUAAAUAUGAAGGAAACUAACUUUUCUUAGCUUGCUUUUAUGUUUUUGUUAGACUUCCCAUGUGUUAGUUAUGAGGACUGAGAUGUUUUAUGUUAAAACAGUUGUAUGCACGUAUGUUGUAACUUUGCUGCUGCUACUUUCAUAGAUACCUUGCGUUUUUCA